AUGUCUCGUCCAGAAGAUACUCUGUUCGUUCCCCUCCACCCCGCACCAAUAAUUUCAGGAAUCCCCAGCUACCUACCAAUAACCUCACUAACACCUCCUAUCAGACCCCCAGACCUCCACUACAAUGACACCGAAGCACGCAAAUACACAACCUCCUCACGAAUCCAAAACAUCCAAGCCUCCAUGACCCACCGCGCCCUCGAACUCCUCUCCCUAGACUCCCCCUCCCUAAUCCUCGAUAUCGGCUGCGGUUCCGGCCUCUCUGGCGAAAUCCUCUCUUCAAUACCACCGCCUACUGGCCCACACAUGUGGGUAGGAAUGGACAUUGCCGCGUCCAUGUUAGACAUCGCGCUCCAGCGAGACGUAGAAGGAGACCUCAUGUUAGCGGAUAUCGGACAAGGCGUACCUUUUCGAGCUGGAAGUUUCGACGCCGCUGUCAGUAUUAGCGCUAUCCAAUGGCUCUGCAACGCCGAGAGUUCAGAAGUCAGCAGUACUGGACGACUAACGCGGUUCUUCAACGGGUUGUAUGCGAGUUUGAAGAGGGGAGGACGGGCGGUAUGUCAGUUUUAUCCGAAGAAUGAUUUGCAGCGGACGAUGAUUAGUGGUGCGGCGAUUAAAGCUGGGUUUGGCGCGGGUAUUUUGGAGGAUGAUCCGGGGACUAAGAAUGCGAAGUUGUAUCUUGUUUUGACGGUGGGAGGGUCGACGGAGGAGGGCGCGGGUGGGGAUAUUACGGGCGUGGUGAGGGGCAUGGAGGAUGUGGAUGUGGUGGAUGCGAGGAGGAAACAUAAGGAGAAGGGGAGGAAGGAUGUUAAGAAGGGUAGUAAGGCUUGGAUUAUGAAUAAGAAGGAGCAGAUGGAGAGGAAGGGGAAGGUGGUUAAGAAUUCUUCGAAGUAUACGGGGAGGAAGAGGAAGAUUCAAUUUUAA